GAUUGAUUUUUUCUUUUUUAUUACACUAUCAUUUUUUUUUUCUCAAUUUCGUUCUUGGACUGUGUUCGUGUGUUCAUAAAUCGAGAACAUUAUUUUCAUAUACUCUUGAAAAUAACAAGAACGCCGAGUUCAUCUAAAAAUACUUAAGACAAUUAGUAAUUCUACUCUUCAGGUGUUGAGUGAAAAAGCUGAUUACAAAGCGUGUUUGCGAUCAUGGCAAGCUAUAACAAUCAACAUGCCCAAAAUGCAUUUAAAAAUGAUGGCUCAUUCCUAGAAGUAUAUCAACGUUUUGAACAACAACAACAACAGCAGCAGAAAGCCAGGAUUGCAGAACUACCAAUACUUGAAGUACAAGUAUCUCAAACUUCAUCGGCUGCUGCUGCUGCUACUGCUGCUACCACUACUACUAAUACUGCUUCAGCAGUUGUCUCUGAAAAACGAUCUGAAACUCUUAAAACGUUGCCAAUAAUUGGCAAACGUAAAAAUAAAGCUUUGAAAACAGGUGUUGUUAAAAAGGUUAAGCCUGACGAUGAGAAAAAACAAUCUAAACCUACAGAUGCUUGGUCAUUGUAUUUAGAUGAAGUUAAACGUUACCAGGAAACAGUGGGAGAACAGGAUAAUAAAACUAGACCUCUUGUAAAAUAAUUGAUUACAAAAUCCUGCUAUAUAAAUAAUAUUUGUAAAUAAAUACAACACUUUUGCAAUAAAAUACAAAAUAGUAAUGUGUCUAUGUUCAAUCAUAAAUAAGUAUUUAACAAAAUUGCUUUGAUUGUUACUUUUUUUUAAAUAAGU